GAGGUCGGUCCCACCAUCUGAUGGACCAACAAUGCUUGGUGGAUGAUCAUGAUGAAAAGUAGAAGCCAGGCAAAAAUGUAUUGUAUUUGCUAAUAUUCUUCUGGUCUCAAUCCGCCAUUCUGCUUUAACCUUUGACACAAAGCAUCAAGUAUCCUGGUUUCUUCUACGUUUUAUUGGCUUUUUCUAACACGUCGCAGACCUCGUUUUGCUUUAUUCUUAUAAGCAAGCAAAAACAGAAGAAGAAGAAGCUACACAGAGAGAGGGAAAAAGAAAUAAAAAAUAAAAAAAUGGUGAAGGAUAGGAAAAUAGGAGUGGCUCUGGAUUUCUCAAACAGCAGCAAGAAUGCUCUUAAAUGGGCAAUUGAUAAUUUGGCUGAUAAGGGUGAUACCCUUUACAUUAUUCACAUCAACUCCAACUCCACUGGCCAGUCUCGCAACCAACUUUGGGCUAAAUCUGGUUCUCCUCUUAUUCCAUUGACGGAGUUCAGAGAGCCCGAGACUAUGAAGCAGUAUGAUGUCCAAACUGAUAUUGAAGUUCUUGACAUUCUUGACACUGGCUCAAGGCAGAAAGAGGUGAACGUUGUCACAAAGCUGUACUGGGGAGAUGCUAGAGAGAAGCUUGUGGAAGCCACUGAAGAUCUGAAGCUGGACUCUCUGGUGAUGGGGAGCAGAGGGCUUGGAACCAUCAAAAGGAUCUUACUGGGGAGUGUGAGCAACUAUGUGAUCACCCAUGCUUCAUGCCCUGUUACCAUUGUUAAGGAUUCUAGCUUCCAACAGCACCAUUAAUUAAAAACUCCAUUUGGAUUUUUCUGAACCUGUUUUAUGUUUAAGUAUGAGCACUUGUCCUGUUCCUUCAUCUCUGUUUUUUUUCAGCUUUCGAGAAUGAACAUGUAGUAUUCUCCUUUGGAGGGAUAAUAUGGUAUUUGAUGUGCAAAUUUGGAUCAUUAUUAUAUAAAUUAAAUAUUUCUUUU